GUAUGGAAUGAACAUCAUCAACGACAUGAAUCAUGGCUGCGAAGGAUGGAUUGACUGGAACCUGUGCUUGGAUGAGAAAGGAGGACCGAAUCAUGUGGGCAAUUUCUGCUCUGCCCCCAUCAUCUGUGAUACGCGCAGCGACGAGCUCCUUCGGCAGCCUUCAUACUGGUACAUGGGCCACUUCUCCCGGUACAUCAAGCCUGGGGCCUGCCGCGCCGUUAGCAGCACAUCCCGCGACGUGCUCGAGGUGACCUCUUGGGUCAACCCCGACGGCAGUUUGGCCGUUGUGGUGAUGAAUCAGAGUGCGGAGAGUGUUGAGUUCUGGCUGAAGGUGCAGGGAUCAGGUGCAGUGCGCACCGAGGCCCCAGCCCGCUCCAUCACUACUUACCUGGUGGAUGACGCAGAGCCAUCGGGCUCCUAG